GAGACCUAGAAUCAAGUUUAAAAAACAGAAUCGUUACAGUACAGAGCCCAAUUGAUUGCAAGCUUCGAAUCAAUCAACUUUGGUCACAAAAAACCAGCAAGGAACCACAUAGGAACCGAGUACUGGAACUAAUAUAUGAAUAGAAUACAGGAACUGAAUACUAACCAGAUCCAAGCUGAACCAACCAGAUUCGGUUAUAUGCAAUAUCAGAACCAAUCCUGAACUCCAUUUGGUUAUGGAUCCCACUGCCAAUCCACAGAACUGAACCAAAAGCAAACCAAAACGUAUAUAAUGCCAAAAUCAAAUCACAAAAACCCGACACCCAACCCAUUCCAAAAAAAAAACCCUAACCCAUCGCUUUACUCUCAGUUCACAUUUUCUUUGCCCGCUCAAACGCAUCCCUGCUCCUGAAAGCCCAUCACUCCCUCGUUCUACACUCCCACUCUCCCAGCGGCAGUGGCGCUAGGGCUUACCAUACUCUAGAGCAGUGACAGCCAGUGCUAAGGCCACAGAAGCAGUGGCGCAGCGACCGACGUAGCAACUGUCAGUUCCAUGACUCCUUUGAACAGUAGCGACCUGCGGGAAAUAGGUUAGAUUCUUAAAACUCUCUCUCCUUGUGGGAUACGGAGACCUGUGGUACUGUAGCUGUACUGUCUGUAGUGCCCAAUCUUACUCUCUUGUUUGGACAAUGGUAGCUACAUACUAAUAAGUUUAUUUUCAUUAAAGUUGGCAACUUGGCAUUGUUAUGUUCAUAUUGAUACUUUAGAAGUUCCUGCCAACCCCUCUUUCCAUGCAAGACCAAAUUGAUAUAUUACCGAAAAUGUCACAAUGGUUUUCAUGGAUGAUGACAACAUUUCUUUUCCAUCACCCUUUUACACAAACAUUUGUUUUAUGGCUUUUCAAGUUCUUUGAAUGAUAUUGGAUGCAUUUUGGAUGAUGUAUAUGGAGGAUAUUGGAUAUUCGGAUGAUGUAUUUUGGAUCUUUUAUUGAUCUUGGGAUGAUGUAUUUUGGAUGAUAUAAUAAGUUGUGAAUUUGGAAUGGAAUAUGGAUACUAUCUGCUUUUAUUUUGGCUGUUGUAGUUGCUUUAAAAUGUGGAUGCAGGUAUUUAGGUGAUUAUUUCCCAAUUUAUGUGUUUAUGUUGCUGUCUUUUUGGUAUCAUAUUUUUCAAAUAUAACUGUUUAAAAAUUAAACCCAUACCAUCUGUUUUCAUUUUUUGUCAUUCUCAAAAGGUUUGACCAACCUGUUCAUGUUUUGAUCCGUUUAAAACACGCCUAUACAGAACACCCUUUGUUUACCAUUCCUGUUUUAACUAUGGUUCCUCCUCCAGGCCUCUUGCCCUUUUUUGACAAAUUCUUUCUCUGCACCUCCCACUCUAAGCCUAAUCUCAAACUUAGUUUGACCUUCACUAGCAGCAAACAUCGAAGAAAGAAUGCCCCCUUCGGGUUGCCUUUAUCCUGUCUAUCAGGCUCUCAUUGGGGAGAGAGAGAUAUUGGAAAGAAUGGUUGGGAAGAGAAAGAAAAGCGAAGGAGAAGCUUUAGCAGAGGAAGAACAGCCGCAGCUGAAGAAGAGACAGUUACUCCCUUCACUGAUAAAGAACAAAGAGAAGAGGUCUGCUGUUCACGCUAAGCUUAAACGCGAGAAAAAGCUUGAGAAGCGUAAAAAGACCAAAGCUCGUGAUGCUGCGGAGAAGAGAGCUCUUGAGCUUGGCGAAGAGCCUCCACUGAAGAAGGUCCCUCGUACAAUUGAGAACACAAGGGAAUCCGAUGAGACAGUCUGUAUGCCUGACGACGAAGAGCUAUUUGCGGCAAAUGAUGUCGAUGAGUUUAGCGCGAUUCUUAAAAGGGAACGUACUCCAAAGAUAUUAAUCACUACUUGUCGUUUCAAUUCUACUAGAGGACCCACAUUUAUCUCAGAAUUACUCUCAGUAAUCCCAAAUGCACACUAUUAUAAAAGAGGAACCUAUGACUUGAAAAAGAUUGUGGAUUAUGCAAAGAACGACGACUUCACUUCUCUUAUAGUUGUCCAUACUAAUCGCAGGGAGCCAGAUGCUCUUCUAAUCAUUGGCUUGCCUGAUGGACCGACCGCACAUUUUAAGCUCUCCAAACUAGUUUUACGGAAGGACAUUAAGGUCUGUAAACAUCAGUUUUUUUUUUCAUGUAGUUGUAUUUCUUCUCUCGUCAAUCAAGCUACUAGAUGUAUAAAAUGUUUUUACCUUCAAUAACUUUGUAAAUAUGUU